UUCAGUCUGGCCUUCCUCGAGACAGUCGGAAUCGGAUUCAGUUCCAUUGAUUUACAAAGAGCGAAAAGUUACAUAUAUUUUUAUAUUUAAAAAAAAAAAGAAAAAAGUUUGCACCCUUUUAGAUUGUAUUAUAUUUAGCUGCAUAUAUUUGCAGGUCGGCUAUCGACAAGACUUGUAACAAACGUUUUCGUCCUUUUCCAUUGUGGAGGUCAACAUGGGUAAGAAACAGGCUGUCAAAUCAAAGAAGGACUCCCAGGAGGUUGAGGAGUUUGUGGUCGAGAAAGUGAUGGACCAGCGAUUGGUCAAUGGGAAAGUAGAGUUUUUCCUCAAGUGGAAAGGUUUCACAGAGGCUGACAACACAUGGGAGCCUGAGGAAAAUUUGGACUGCCCUGAACUCAUUUCAGCUUACCUGGAAUCUCAGAAAGGAGUGGUUGAGCAAACUGAUUCCAAUAAAAGAAAAACCUCCACUAGUGAACCAGAAACCGAGGAGAGCAAGGCAAAGAGAAAGAAAGAAAUGUCUGAGAAGCCCAGAGGGUUUGCAAGAAACCUCGAGCCAGAGCGUAUUAUUGGGGCAACUGAUAGCAGCGGUGAACUCAUGUUUCUCAUGAAGUGGAAGGACUCUGAUGAGGCAGACCUGGUGCCUGCGCGUGAGGCCAACACUCGCUGCCCACAGAUAGUCAUUGCUUUCUAUGAGGAAAGACUUACUUGGCAUUCUUGUCCUGAGGAUGAGCAGCAGUAGCACCCCAAUUCUUGAUUUAUGCUUUACUGUCUUCCACCCAUAUGGUGUGUACACUUUUGUUUGCUGAAGUGUGGGUAACAUAACGGUGGGGGAUAUUUUUUUAGUGUUGCAAUUGGGCUGGAAGCUAUGUGCAUGACUAGAAAACCGAUGAAAGGAUGUAUAAGUGGGACAAGGGUUUUUUUUUUUUUUUUUUUUUGUUAACAAUGUAGGAUGCUUAAACUCUUUAUUUUGAUCAAGUGUCAGCAGUAUUGUUUGCCAUUAAUGCACUGGGUUGUUUUUCCUUCACCCUGUUGUAGUCGUCUAAAGAGAUCCAAAACAUCCUUUCUACUCAUUUGUUCAUAGUUUCUUUUGGUGAACAAUACUCUCAUUAUCGUAGUGUUUUUUUUUUUUUAUUAUUGUCAACGUUUACAUGAAUAUUGGAUUAGUGUCUGUUGCUGUAAAUGUUUGUGUAAAUAUGUCUUUCCUUUUUUCUUUUGUUCAAUAAAAGUUUACAUGCCUGCUUUUAAUCUGUUUGC